AUGGAUAGGCUCAUAAGUUUGGAGCCAUCAAACACUCUGACAAUUAGGAUUGAACCUGGACAGAAAUGCUAUGGCGUGCUCACUUUGCGGAAUGUUAUGUACACCAUGCCUGUGGCCUUCAGGCUUCAACCGAUGAACAAAACUCGGUAUACGGCUCGCCCUCAAUCCGGGAUCAUUUCACCUCUCAUGACUAUUUCAGUGGAGAUCACUUAUCAUACACCUCCCAAUUCAAGUCUCCCUGAAUCUUUCCCUUAUUCAGAUGAUUCAUUUCUCUUGCAUAGUGUUGUUGCGCCAGGUGCAGCAGUUAAAGAUCCCUCAUCGACAUUCGAUUCUGUGCCGAAUGAUUGGUUCACCACAAAAAAGAAGCAGGUGUUCGUUGACAGCGGACUUAAAAUCAUGUUUGUUGGCUCAUUGGUUCUGUCUCACUUGGUUUCCAGAGGUUCAAUGGAUGAAAUUCGAGAAGCGCUCGAAAAGAGUGACCUCAAAUGGAGGGCAGCCGAUUCUGUUGAUGCAGAUGGUCAAACGUUACUCCAUUUGGCUAUUGCUCAAAGCCGGCCAGAGCUUGUUCAAUUAAUUCUCGAGUUUAAUCCAGAUAUUGAAGCUCGAAGCCGGUCAGGGUCCACCGCAUUGGAAGCUGCUGCUGCAUCAGGAGAAGCACUCAUUGUUGAGCUCUUAUUGGCUCAUCGGGCGAGCACGGAGCGGUCAGCAUCAUCCACAUGGGGACCAAUUCAUCUCGCCGCGGUUGGUGGACAUCUGGAGGUCGUAAGGCUUCUUUUGCUCAAAGGAGCCAAUGUUGAUUCUAUAACUAAAGAUGGCAAUUCAGCCUUACACAUGGCUGUUGAGCAACGCCGAAGAGACUGUGCUAGGCUUCUCCUGGCUAGCGGUGCACGGGCAGAUAUACGUAAUGGGAGUGACAGCGAUACACCGUUACAUAUCGCUGCUGGUUUAGGUGAUGAACAAAUGGUCAAGCUGCUACUGCAUAAAGGGGCAAAUAAGGAUAUCAGAAACAAGGUUGGAAAAACAGCGUAUGAUGUAGCAGCCGAGCUUGGUCAUACUCGGCUUUUUGAUGCACUUCGAUUAGGAGACAGUUUGUGUGUUGCAGCCCGGAAAGGAGAAGUUAGAACAAUCCACAGGCUCCUGGAAAAUGGAGCGAUCAUCAAUGGCCGUGACCAACAUGGCUGGACAGCCCUGCAUCGAGCAGCUUUCAAGGGAAGAGUAGAUGCUGUCCGUACUCUUCUUGAUAAUGGGAUUGACAUCAAUGCUAGAGAUGAAGAUGGCUACUUAGCAUUACACUGUGCAGUGGAAUCAGGCCAUGUUGAUGUUAUUGAGUUGCUGGUUAAGAAAGGAGCUGACAUUGAAGCCCGGACCAACAAGGGCGUUACAGCCUUGCAAAUUGCUGAAUCCCUGCAUUAUGCAGGGAUUACAAGAAUACUUGUCAAUGGUGGAGCCACCCGAGAAGGAGGAGUGGCACAGAUGAGCACUAUUACUAAAGUAAGUCAGCUUCCAUUCAACAAAGCAAUAACUGUGAAAGAAAUGGAGAGUGGGGCAAUAAAGAAGAAGCCUACUCGCCCUAGAGUCCGUCGAAGCAGCUUUGAUCGUUCUGCAGCUGUUCCAUUAGCCGUGGUUUAG